GAAUAAAUAAUAAUAAGAGUAAUAAUAUAUUUGAUAAAAUUUCAAACUUCCACUAGCUUGCUAUAAGUUUAAAAUUUUCAUAAAUCUCUCUCUUUAUGGGAUCCUACUGCCUGAAAAUGGUUAUGAUCAGCAGGCCACCGAUUUUUGUUACAUUAUUAUUACUGCUACCAAGCUCGAUAUUCGGUUUGCCAGAGUGUAACUUUCCAGCUAUAUUUAACUUUGGUGAUUCGAAUUCGGAUACUGGCGGUUUAUCUGCUGUGUUUGGACAAUUUCCUUUGCCUAAUGGCCAGACUUACUUCCAAUCUCCUGCUGGACGCCGCUGUGAUGGUCGGCUUCUUAUCGAUUUUAUAGCUGAAGGUUUAGGAUUACCCUAUCUUAGUCCAUUUCUGGAUUCAAUGGGUACAAAUUUUAGCCAUGGAGCCAAUUAUGCCACAGCUGGAUCCACUAUACGACGUCAAAACACUACUAUUUGGCAGAGUGGGUAUAGCCCAAUUUCCUUAGACGUUCAGUAUAUUGAAUUCUCUGAUUUCUUAAAAAGAUCCAAAAUAAUCCGUGAAAAAGGAAACGUCUUUAAGGACCUGCUCCCUGGAACGGAGAAGUUUUCUAGCGCGUUGUACACGUUUGAUAUUGGUCAAAAUGAUCUCACCUCUGGUUACAAACUUAACAUGUCUACUGAACAAGUUAAAGCGUAUGUUCCAGAUGUUAUAUCGCAGUUUACAACUACCAUUAAGAAUAUAUAUGUUAGCGGCGGCAGAUCAUUUUGGAUACACAACACAGGUCCAGUAGGCUGCUUGCCUUAUAUUAUGGAUACACGUUUGAUCACGGCGGCACAGAUAGAUAAACAUGGUUGUGCCUCCCCGUUUAACGGUGUUUCUCAGUAUUUUAACGAAAAACUGAAGGAAGCCAUAAGCCAACUCCGAAAGGAACUUCAUUUGGCCGCAAUCACUUAUGUUGAUAUCUAUUCAGUCAAGUAUUCACUCAUUGCGCAGUCAAAAAAGCUUGGAUUUGGUGACCCAUUCAUGGUGUGUUGCGGGCACGGUGGAAGGUACAACUUCAACAAUGCAAUGAGGUGCGGGAGCACAAAAAUGGUGAAAGGUAAAGAAAUUUUGAUUGCAAAGUCUUGUGAAGAUCCGUCAUCACGAAUCCUUUGGGAUGGGAUCCACUUCACUGAGGCAGCUAACAAAUGGAUGUAUGGUCAGAUUAUGAACGGAGCAUUCUCGGAUCCGCCGGUUCCAUUAAAGAUGGCUUGCCAUAUUUGAAAGCUUUUCAAUCAACACCUGAAGAAUUUGAUUGUAGAUUGUUUCUAAGUUUAGAAUUUCUGAUGACCAUGAAAUCUAAACUACUUCUUCACAAGCUCCAUUUGCAAAA